AUGGUGUCCUCUCGCUCCGCCAUCCUCAACGCCGCCGCCGUGCUCGCCUGCGCCAGCCCGAUGGCCGCCUUCGUGCCGUGGCCUGUCGAGUCCCGCGCGCCUGUGCAGUCGUGGCCGACGGCGGCGCCCAGUGCGGCGGUGCUCGCGAAGCCCACCGCCGUCCUCGCGGAGGGCUCGAGCGUGUGGCUCCCGGCGCUGUCUGCCGUCGGCGCCGGCUUCGCCGUCGGGCUGGCCACCAUCGGAUCCAGAGUCGGCCGGGGCAUUGCCUCCAGCCGCCGCGUUGACGGCAUCAGCCGCCCGGUCCUGGUUUGGGCUGGCGCUGCAGGUUUCAUGCGUGCUUCCCACCCCGGCUUGGCCUGGCAUGCUGCUGUACGGCUGAACAAAUUACAGGUGGCCGAUGACCCGCGCGGCGUGCUCCUUCUGUCCCUCGCUUUCGUGGAGUCGCUGGCGAUCUACGGGCUCGUCAUUGCGAUGGUGGUGUUCCGCGACGGCCUCGCCACGUUCGGCCGCGGCGCCCUGGAGCGCCGGGGCCCGGAGUGGGCCCGGAGGGCCUUCGCGCGGCUCCCGGAGGGCGACCAGCGGUCGCACGCGGAGACGUCGCUUGGAGAGCUCGCGGCCUACGUGCGCUGGCGGGCGGUGGUGUGGGACGGACUUCUCCCCGAAGCGGCCCCACGGUCGCCUGGCGGCUCCCCGCUGCUGAAGUGGGCGGGAGAGCCCAAGGGCUGGCACGGGCUCGAUGAGCAACUCGGGUCCUCGCCUUCCCUGCUCGCCCCAUCUUCCGACCAGUGA